GUUUUUGGGUCCACGCAUGCGCAGUUUUCAUUCCCGCUAAAGUGUAAGGGAAUCAAGAGGACAUGUGGAGUGCUACCAUUACUCCUGAUGGAGGGCACAAAGUGACUCAAAUCAACGAGGAGACGUCAGACAAAAGGCCAAACCAUUGGAGGGGCAAGAGGAGAUGGAGCCGCGGUCGAGGAGGAGGAGGAGGCAUGCCAAGGAAUAGAAGUAGCACUGAAAAGGAGGAAAGAACCUACCCACCGAUAAUUCGACCGAUAUUUGAUUGGUCAGAAGUUGAAACUCAUUUUCCUCAAGCCGCCCCUGAAAUGGACUAUUCCUUAUUAUCACAAUUGCUUCAAAAAAAGGCGCAAGAUGUCUCUCCCUCAAUUGAGGAACAGAGUCGUGUUCAAGGUUUUGGUACAAAAGUAAUGACUGUCAUUGAGAACCUAAUACUAACUGGUGAAGGAGAGCAGCUGAUGUUAGAAGAAGUAAGAUUAGUUGGGUCCCAGAAGAAGGGGACUGCUCUUGCUGGAAGCCUAGUGACAGACGUUGUUGUCUUGUAUAAAGACAUCCCUCAAGAAAAAAUUGUUAACGAGUUGGCUCUUAAAGUAAAGGGUAUCCUGGAGACUACGACGGACGAAAACAAAGUAAAGGUGGAAAUCAUAUCACGUGGGAAAUGUUUUGACAUGUGUACUGAUGGUGCUAUCGUUCGGGUCUUCAGUACCUCCACUGGUCACGUGAUUUUUGGAUCAUCACCUGAAACUCUAGGAGAUGACUUUGAGAUGUACGCUCACGCUCUUCGCAUGAUAAGACACACAAGAUGGUGGCAGGAAAAUACUGAUCAGUUGAAAAACAUACGCAGUUUAGUUCGUAUCAUUAAAUCCAUGAGAGGUCAUGUUCCUGGACUAAAUCACCUCAACACUUGGUCUAUUGAGUUAAUUUGUCAAUGUGCCCUUAUACCACUGAAUGAUGGAGAGCCUCUCUCAUUAGUGGAUGGCUUUAGGCGGUUGUUUCAGUUGCUGGCAGCUGGCCUCUUUCUACCUGGAUCAAUAGGUCUACCUGACCCAUGUGAGGAAGGAGAUGAGACUAUUCAUGAAACCAUGCUACCAGAGCAGUGCGAGGAGCUGACCAGCAACGGCCAGACAAUACUAGUUUUGUUGCAGUUUGGAGCAUACAGAGAGAUACUGGCUUGUGAUGGAGCUGUCCCUGCUAAACUCUCUGAGCCGUACACUUUUGGUGGAUUAACACUAAACGUGGCACCACCUGCUUACCUUACAUCAUUAGACAUGUGACGAUAUAAGACUCUCUUUAUUAUUUUGUCCUGUGGGCAUUGUGCCUUUGUUAGUAUUUAAGAAUUUGUUGAGAUUUCAUCGUAAUAAUUAUUGUGUACAUGUUUGUAUAAUACUGCAUUCCUUUACAAUUCAUAUUA